ACAAAGGGGAAACUUUCAGCCAUUCACAGGCUUGCGUGACGUCACCGCGCUUCCGGGUGGAAGGUCGCGCCUCGCCAUUUCCGGUUUCCAUUUCACCCCCGGCGGCCCCGAGACACGACAAACGGCGAAACACGCGGCGGCGACAACAUGUCUCACACGAUCCUCCUGGUGCAACCGACCAAGCGGCCCGAGGGCCGGACCUACGCAGACUACGAGUCUGUCAACGAAUGCAUGGAAGGUGUCUGUAAAAUGUUUGAAGAGCAUUUGAAGAGGAUGAACCCGAACAGUCCGUCCAUCACGUAUGACAUCAGCCAACUCUUUGACUUCAUCGAUGACCUUGCUGAUCUGAGUUGCCUUGUUUACCGAGCAGACACGCAGACGUAUCAGCCAUACAACAAGGACUGGCUAAAGGAGAAGAUCUACAUCCUUCUGCGUAGACAAGCCCAGCAGGCAGGGAAGUAGUUGGGUCCUGCCACCUGCACCAACCUUUGUGUUUUGUAGUUCACAGAUGUUCCUCUUCAGGUCUUGGGUGCACCUGAGUGUACUGAUUCUAGAUCUGCAGUAUUUUUGUAGAAAUCAUUUUGGAUUUGUUUUUCCCUCUUCCCCAACCAUCCGUUAGAGGCAUUUUCUUACAGAAAAUCAUGCAUUGGUGUUUUAAAACAAACCAUAUUAAAUGCAGUGAAGGCCCUGUCUUGUUCUGGCCACCCCAGAUACAGGUAAUAACAUCCAAAGCCUUUGUUGCUUUUGUCUUUCAUGGAAGGACCACCACCAUUUUCUUGCUAGUUGUCUGCUCACACCAGCAGUUUUCUUGCUUGCCAGAGAAUUAGUUGUUGGUGGUUUUGCAAACACUUUUCUGUAAUGUCCUGUUCACACAGUGGCAAGUCUAAAUUUGACUGUUUAGAAAAAAUGCUCUUUGGAUUAAAUGCGCUUCUUAGAAGACUGAAACCUAGCGGGGAGCGCACUGUUUCUGCUGGACUGAUGUCUGGUUAUCUGGUAGUUUUUGUUUUUGCUUUCUCUGGUUGCAUUUAUGAUUUCUUUUUGUUGCAGAUUAAAGAUGUUUUAAUAUUGAAA